AGCCAUUUUUAUGUAAGGGGAUUUUUCUUAUUGGGGGGGUUGUUAAAAAAUAAAUAUAAGGGCGGCCAUCUUUGUUUCUCUGCCUUGUAGUGUAAAAUAUUCCAAAACGCCCCCCACUUUGUGUGUGUGCCGAUUUGAAUAUUAAAAUAAAUAUUAUUCGGAAGGAAUAUACUUUUUGAUCUCGAGGACGGGGUCGCUGACAGGCAUACAAUGUCCUCACCUCUCCGUUCUUGUGAGGAAGAUGAGGGCAUGGCGGUUAAUUCCGAGGGAGGAGAUUUUGAUGAAGAAGAAGAAGACGACGGGGAGCUGGACGAGAACGCAAGCGACAUAAACUCACCGGCAGCUCCUCGAGAAACUGCAGCGCAAACAGCCGCGCCAGAUGAUGGUGAGGAUGGAGAGGAGACAUCAGAGAGGGAAAGCCUGGGAAAGAAGAAGAGAGGUCCAAAAAAGAAAAAGGAGGCUAAAAAGAAAGACAAAGAGGGCAAGACUACCAAAGCACGCAAGCGCAAAAAAAUAGACAGCGACAUAGAGAGAGACUCAGAACAGGACUACGGGGUGAACUCAGAUAGUGCGGUCAGUGAUUAUGGAGAGAAGAAGAAGAAAAAGAAGCAUAAAGAGAAGAAAGAAAAGAAGACCAAGAAAAAGAAGAAAGAUGAUGAAGACAGUACACAUGAAGAGACCACAAAACCAGUAGAACUAAAGACAUCUGCUCAGUUGGCAAAAGACUGGGGUCUAGAGGAUGUGGAUCAUACUUUCACAGAGGAGGACUAUCGCACACUAACCAACUACAAGGCCUUUAGCCAGUUCAUGAGGCCUAUGAUAGCUAAGAAGAAUCCUAAGAUUCCCAUGUCUAAAAUGAUGACCAUCUUGGGAGCAAAGUGGAGAGAGUUCAGCUCCAAUAACCCCUUCAAAGGUUCAGCAGCCGCUAUUGCAGCUGCUGCAGCCGCUGCCGCGGCUGCCGUUGCUGAGCAAGUCUCCGCGGCAACCGCUUCUCCUGAGCCGCCCCCUCAGCCACCCCCACUGCGCAAGGCCAAGACCAAAGAAGGGAAAGGCCCUGGUUAUAAAAAGCGCAGCAAAAGUCUACGCGCCUCUGACAAAAAGAAGCCCAAGCCUAAGAAGAUGGCUCCCCUCCGGAUAAAACUGGGAGCUCUCGGGAACAAGCGCAAGAAGAGCAGCUCGAGUGAAGACGUGGACGAUGAUGACUCUGAGCAAGAGAACUCGAGUGUUCACAGCUCCUCGGUGCGCUCAGACAGCUCUGGCCGGGUAAAAAAGAACAAGCGAGGUCGGCCAGCAAAGAAAAAGAAAAAAGUGGUAGGAGAUGAGGAUGGUGAUGGCUAUGAGACAGAUCAUCAGGACUACUGUGAAGUGUGUCAACAAGGAGGGGAGAUCAUCCUGUGUGACACGUGCCCCAGAGCGUAUCACCUAGUUUGUCUGGAGCCUGAGCUGGAGAAAGCUCCUGAGGGCAAGUGGAGUUGCCCACACUGCGAGAAAGAAGGGAUUCAGUGGGAGGCGAAAGAAGAAGACUUUGAGGAGUUUGAGGAAGAGUGUGAUGAAGGAGGGGUGGUGGAGCCAGGACCAGGAGGAGAGGAAGAGGAAGAUGAUCACAUGGAGUUCUGUCGAGUGUGUAAAGAUGGAGGGGAGCUGCUAUGCUGUGACUCCUGCCCUUCCUCUUAUCACAUACACUGCCUCAACCCCCCACUGCCUGAAAUACCCAACGGAGAGUGGCUCUGCCCCAGAUGUACAUGUCCACCAAUCAAAGGGCGGGUGCAGAAGAUCCUACACUGGCGGUGGGGUGACCCGCCGCCUCCUGUGCCUGUUCCUCCGCCUCCAGAUGCACCACCUGAUGCUCCACCCCCACCUCCCAUGAAAGGCCGGGCAGAGAGAGAGUUCUUUGUUAAAUUGGCAGGACAGUCCUAUUGGCAUUGCACCUGGAUCACUGAACUUCAGCUGGAGAUCUUUCACUCUGUGAUGUUCCGUAACUACCAGCGGAAAACUGAUAUGGACGAGCCACCUAGUCUGGACUAUGGCUCUGGAGGAGAGGAGGAUUCUGGGAAAAGUGAAAAACGACGGGCCAAAGACCCUCAGUAUGCUAUCUUAGAGGAAAAGUAUUACCGCUACGGCAUUAAGCCAGAAUGGAUGAUGGUACACAGAAUAAUUAACCAUAGUGUGGACAAGAGGGGGAACUAUCACUAUCUGGUGAAGUGGAGAGACUUAACUUACGAUCAGUGUACAUGGGAAAGAGAUGACUUGGACAUCCCAGAGUUUGGCAUCAAUAAGGCAGCUUAUUGGAGACACAGAGAGGAGGUGAUGAAGGAGGACCCAGACAAGCCAAGGAAGAUGAGGAGAAAAGAGGAAAAUGAUGAAGCUCCUGGCACACCUGUUAAUGAUCCCACAAUAAAGUACGAAGAGCAGCCAGACUUUGUGACAGUAACAGGAGGAACUUUGCACCUCUACCAGCUGGAAGGUCUCAAUUGGCUGCGCUUCUCCUGGGCUCAGGGCACAGAUACCAUCCUGGCCGAUGAGAUGGGCCUGGGCAAGACUAUCCAGACCAUUGUCUUUCUCUACUCACUCUUUAAAGAGGGUCACACCAAGGGGCCGUUCCUGGUGAGCGCUCCACUCUCCACCAUCAUCAACUGGGAGCGGGAGUUUGAGAUGUGGGCUCCGGACUUUUACGUGGUCACUUACACAGGAGACAAAGAAAGUAGAGCUAUAAUCCGUGAGAACGAGUUCUCCUUUGACGAUACGGCCGUGAAAGGAGGGAAGAAAGCCUUCAAACUGAGGAGAGAAGCUCCCAUUAAAUUUCAUGUGUUGCUGACAUCCUAUGAGCUGGUGACUAUUGACCAAACUGCCCUGAAAUCCAUCGACUGGGCCUGUCUAGUAGUGGACGAAGCUCAUCGUCUCAAAAAUAAUCAAUCCAAGUUUUUCAGGCGACUAAAUGACUACAAGAUUGAUCACAAACUGCUGUUAACAGGAACGCCGCUUCAGAACAACCUGGAAGAGCUUUUUCACCUGCUUAAUUUCCUCACCCCCAACCGUUUCAAUAAUCUGGAGGGCUUCCUGGAGGAGUUUGCAGACAUCUCCAAAGAGGACCAGAUCAAGAAGCUGCAUGAUCUGCUGGGGCCACACAUGUUGAGACGGCUCAAGGCGGACGUGUUUAAGAACAUGCCGGCUAAAACGGAGCUCAUUGUGCGUGUGGAGCUCAGCCCUAUGCAGAAGAAAUACUACAAGUUUAUCCUAACACGGAACUUUGAGGCGCUGAACUCGAAGGGAGGAGGGAACCAAGUUUCUCUGCUCAACAUUAUGAUGGACCUAAAAAAAUGCUGCAACCACCCCUACCUCUUUCCUGUCGCAUCCAUGGAAGCUCCAAAGACACCAAGUGGAGCAUAUGAAGGGGGCAGUCUCACAAAGGCUUCUGGGAAACUGAUGCUGCUGCAGAAGAUGCUGAAAAAACUGAAAGAGCAGGGCCAUCGCGUGCUUGUGUUCUCUCAGAUGACUAAGAUGCUGGAUUUGCUGGAGGAUUUUCUGGAUUAUGAGGGGUAUAAGUAUGAGCGCAUUGAUGGGGCAAUCACUGGAGCACUGAGACAGGAGGCAAUAGACAGAUUUAAUGCUCCAGGUGCACUUCAGUUCUGUUUCCUUCUAUCUACAAGGGCAGGGGGAUUGGGGAUCAAUCUGGCAACUGCGGACACUGUCGUUAUUUUUGACUCUGACUGGAACCCUCAUAAUGACAUUCAGGCCUUCAGUAGGGCCCAUAGGAUUGGUCAAGCAAACAAGGUGAUGAUCUAUCGGUUUGUGACCCGUGCUUCUGUUGAGGAACGGAUUACCCAGGUAGCCAAACGUAAGAUGAUGUUGACUCACCUGGUGGUGCGACCAGGACUGGGCUCCAAAGCUGGCUCCAUGUCCAAACAGGAGUUGGAUGACAUUCUGAAGUUUGGAACAGAGGAGCUAUUCAAGGACGAAACUGAAGCGGGAGAUAAUAAGGAUGACGACAGUAGCGUAAUUCACUACGAUAAUGUCGCCAUUGAACGUCUGCUGGAUCGGAGUCAGGAUGCCACUGAUGACACGGACAUGCAGAACAUGAAUGAAUACCUUAGCUCCUUCAAAGUAGCCCAGUAUGCAGUUCGAGAGGACGACAAGAUUGAGGAGAUUGAGAGAGAGAUCAUUAAGCAGGAGGAGAACGUAGACCCGGAUUACUGGGAGAAGCUUCUUCGGCACCAUUAUGAGCAGCAGCAAGAGGAUCUGGCCCGCAAUCUGGGCAAGGGCAAGAGAGUCCGCAAACAGGUCAACUACAAUGAUGCUGCACAGGAGGAUCAAGAGUGGCAUGCUGACAUUUCAGACAACCAGUCUGAAUACUCUGUGGGAUCUGAGGAGGAGGAUGAGGACUUUGACGAGAGGCCAGAAGGUCGACGGCAGUCUCGGAGGCAGAUCAGAAAUGAAAAGGAUAAACCGCUCCCUCCACUUCUGGCUCGAGUGGGUGGCAACCUUGAGGUAUUGGGCUUUAACACACGUCAGAGGAAAGCCUUCCUAAACGCGGUGAUGAGAUGGGGUAUGCCUUCUCAGGAUGCUUUCUCCUGCCAGUGGCUGGUACGAGAUCUGCGUGGCAAAAGCGAGAAAGAGUUCAAGGCAUAUGUUUCUCUCUUCAUGAGGCACUUGUGUGAGCCGGUAGCUGAUGGCUCAGAGACGUUUGCUGAUGGUGUGCCGAGGGAAGGUCUGUGUAGGCAGCCUGUUCUGACCCGCAUCGGAGUCAUGAGCCUGGUGAAAAAAAAGGUUCAGGAAUUUGAACACAUUAAUGGAAAAUGGAGUAUGCCUGAGCUGAAGCCUGAACUCACUGGGGACUCCAAGAAAUCCUCAAGAGCUUCUUCACCUGUUAUUAAAACAGCUACACCAACUCCAGAGCAGAGCUGCAACAAUACACCCUGCACUUCAAAACCAGCUACACCCUCUCCACCUGAGAAACCUGAAAAGAUUGGAAAGGAGGGAGAACGAGAUGAGGGAGAGAGCCUGACUGAUGCAGAGAAGGAGAAGGAUAAAGGGAGAGAGGGGAAAGAAGGAGAAAACACUGACAGUACAGAAACUAAAGAGGAGAUUGAACAAGGUUCUGCAUCUAGUGAAAAGCCUGAGCUGUCUGAAGGGCUCACAGCAGACUCCAAAUCAAAAGAAUCAUCUGACAUCUUUCCAUCCUCACCAAAGUCAAUGUGUGGGAAAGAGAAGGCUGGAGAGGAGGAGAGUCCUAAGGAAGAGGCUGGUAUUGAAAAAAUGAAGGAAGAAACUUCAUCAGAGCUUCCUGCAGGCAAAGACGAGAAGCAAGCAGAGAAAGAGGAGAAGAGUGAAAAGGGAGGAACAGGUGAAAAAGUCAUGGAAGAGAAAGAAAAAAGUGAGGAGGCACCUGUACCUGCAGAAUCAGCAGAGAAGAAGGAGAAAGCAGACAGCCAAGUGCAGGAGGUUAAGAACGAUGAAGGCAAGAUGGAAAAGGAUGCUGGGAAAGAGGUCAAAGGUCAGAAGGAGGAGACGGCCAAGGGGAACGGCAAACCAGCUGAGCGUCCUCGGUUCAUGUUCAACAUUGCAGAUGGAGGAUUUACAGAGUUGCACACCUUGUGGCAAAACGAGGAGCGAGCAGCAAUCUCCUCUGGCAAGAUGAAUGAAAUAUGGCAUCGGCGGCAUGACUUCUGGCUGCUGGCCGGUAUCGUACUUCAUGGCUAUGCUAGAUGGCAGGACAUUCAAAAUGACCCACAGUUCGCCAUCGUCAAUGAGCCGUUCAAAUCCCAAGCCAACAAGGGCAAUUUCCUGGAGAUGAAGAACAAAUUCCUGGCCAGGAGAUUUAAGCUGUUAGAGCAGGCGUUAGUGAUUGAGGAGCAGCUGCGUCGAGCAGCAUACCUCAACAUGACACAGGACCCCACUCACCCGGCCAUGGCUCUAAAUGCACGCUUCGCUGAGGUGGAGUGUCUGGCAGAAUCACAUCAACACCUCAGCAAAGAGUCACUUGCGGGAAACAAGCCAGCCAAUGCCGUCCUACACAAGGUUCUCAACCAACUGGAGGAACUGCUCAGCGAUAUGAAAGCGGAUGUAACGCGGCUUCCUGCCACACUGUCCAGAGUCCCACCAAUCGCAGCGCGCCUGCAGAUGUCUGAGAGGAGCAUCCUUAGCAGACUGGCCAACAAGGGCAAUGAGACACACACACCACCGCCUAUCCCACCUGGACCAUAUGCAACUCCGCAGAACUACGGCCCCCCUUUUACCCCAGCGCCUCCAGCUAUGGCCCUGGCUGCGACCAACUACAGCCAGAUGCCUCCAGGAUCGUUCAUAUCAGUGCUGAAUGGGCCUCCAAUGUCAGUCAAAAAAGAGCGAGAGGCAGAGCUUAUGAUGGGAAGGAGGGAGCAACGCAGCGGAGAAGUGAUCUGCAUCGACGAUUGAAACCAGCCAUAAACCCUAGUCCUGCACACACACGCACACACACAUUAAAUCAAGUUAUUCUCUCGUUCUCUCAGCAGACCUGAAGUGAUGAAAGUAUGUUAUGGCCGGGAUAUAAUUAUCAAAAUGAACAACAAAUUGAGAAGAAAAAAAAAUCCUCUGAACACACAUCAUGUGACUUUAACCGGCAAACUACCUAGUUAUUAUAAUAACACUGUUUUGAUGAAAACCAGUGUAACAGGCUAUAUAAACAAAACAGAACACUCCUCACUCACACACACACACGCACACACAACCAGUUGUCUAUCUAUUCUCGCUUAAAUUCUGCCUUGAACCAACUGCUAACACUUUACUCAGAGACACACACAAACACCUUCUGCACACACACACACACACACACGCAUACACACACAACUACAGAACCUCAUUAGCAUUCUGCCUCCCUCUGAAUCAGAGAUGAAGCUGCAUGUGUGUUGUAAAAACAUUUGCCAGGCUUCAUAUCAUCCCCUUGUUUCAGCAGCAUGCGUUGUCAUGUGUGUUUCAUGCAACAUUUCAAGCAUCCAGCUGUGCCUCUUGUUCCAUACUACAGUCUCAGCAACAGCUGGAUUUUUUUUGUCUUUUCAGUACAAUUAGCUGUAAAACCAACACUGAGAAUAAGACCAUUCAGUACAUUAACAGUUACGGUUAUUGAAAUGAAAUUGAUUUCUUUAAGAUGCAGCUCCGGCUUUUUGUAAUUACUUCACAUAAUUUUUGUUUUUUGAGCUGCCUGAUAUGAUUAAAAGGAGAGACAUGUAAGACAGGGGCACUGGUCAUUGUCUCUUGUUGGAAUAGAUGGGCCUUAAUAGCAUUUAGCUUUUGGAACACAAGCAUUGAUGUGCAUUCUGAUUGGCAAAUGCAAACUAAGCCAUGACAUGCCAUUAAAAGAAACAUCUGAAAGUAUUUCUUAGCUGUCAUUUUCAUGAUGGUUACUAUAUCAAUUUCAACAGUGCUUUACUUCCUCUAAUUCCCCUCUGCCUCCAUUCUAUCUUUCCCUUAUCUCUACAUCACUGCACUCUUCCUUCUUCUCAUGGAAACAAACAAAAAAAUCACCUACUUCUUUAUCUCAGCGCAUCUUUCCAAAUUGUUUCUCACAUUUCUCUUUCUCCUUUUUACAGAACUGUCUCUGAAUUGUUUGCAUAUUUAAGCUCAGUUCAUUGUGUUUUUCCAAGUUUUUAAUCCUUGUUCCUAGCACCUAUAAUUAUUGUUAACGUUACUGUUGAUGUUGUCCUUGAUGUUACGAUUGCGAAGCUUCUACCAAAUGAAAAUAAGGUAAAAAGAAAGAUAAUUCUUUGUA